AUGGCUGAUGCCCCUUCAAUUGAGGAUUUGUCCUCACUGUCCGAGUCCGAGUUGACGGCUCACCUCGAGGCCCUGCGCGCCGCCUUCGAGCAGAAAGGCCUGGAAUGGCCAGCUGAUCCUGCAACCACUGGAAGCGCCGCCACCAAGGCGCGGAGGCGACUCGAGGACGGCGACGACGACGAGGAGGGAGAAGAGGAUUCCGACGAGGAGGAUGAAGGCGAUGACCAGGAUGCCAUUGUCUCGUUGGACCGGAGUGAUGACAAGGUGUGUUUCGACUUCCGCCUGGGGGAGCUUCCGCGUGGCGUGGAGCACGAAGGGGAGCCCGCACGGCUCAUCCGCACCGCUGACUCAGGAGAUGCGACCGUCCUGUCUGUGCCUGCUGGAGGGUACAUCAAACUGCCCUUAGAUUUCCAGGAGAAGCAUGGUGCAACGGUCACCCAGUACACACUGGUGGUGGAGUUGCGCUGCAGUCAUCCGCGGCCUUUGUCGCUCUUCCAAGCGACCUGGCCCGAGGUCUCAGUGAACCAUGCCACCAUCUCCGAAUGCAUCCUGGACGACGGCCGUAUCCUGGUUGGAGGCGCCGAGAGUGACCUCCUACGAGCUUUGAGUGCCGCGCGACAGCAAAAUCGUUUCAUCCGCAUUUUCUUCGUCUGCGACGCGAAGGAGGGGCAGAUCACGGUCUACGUGAACCAGGACCUGGCACUGGAGCUGGGCAACGUCUCGGGCUCCCGCUGGGCACUGGAUCGGAAAGGCUUGCUCCUCUUGGCAAGCAACAGUGCCUCGUACAUGCCUGGACUCGAGCUGAAACGCGUGGAACUUCAUCGACGCUUGAUGCACGCGCAGGACGUGAAGGCCCAUGCCUCCCAGCGCUGGUCCUUCCGCGGCGCCGCGCUCUCCGCGGCGCUGCGGAAGCUGCGGGGGAAGCUGUCGCUGUCGGUGCUGGACAAGAAGCCGCAGCCGAUCUGGUGCGAUCUGUCGUUUUUGGCCCACUUCUGCGACGUCUUCAUGAACAUCAACAAUGGAAGCAUCUAUCGUUCUCUACAGGUCGUCCACUUGGGUUUGCAGCAGCUGAUCGGCGAGAAGAACCCACUGAUGACCAGUGAUGAUCAGGCGGCGACGAAGAAGACAAUGGAGAUCUUCGAAGCAGGUUUGGACCUCUUCCGGAAGUAUGAUCGAACCAAAGGAGAGGUGGAUCCUUAUGAUGACUAUGCCGAGAUGCCUGGACUUCUGCCCUUCUUGAAGAGGCUCCGUCGUGCCUUGAACAGCCUGAAGGUGGGUGACAUGGCGCUACUGCCGGGCGGCUGGGGCUGUGGCGAUUUCAUGGAACGCGUGGGGGAGGACAACUAUCGCAUCGCGGUCUUCGGCUUCGGUGACAGCCGCGAAUAUCAUCCGAAGUCGGCACGGAUGCCGCCGAAGGUGAAGUUCCGCCCCAUCGUUUUGGAGAAUCUGCCGCGACGCAAAGCCUUGGAUGACGCCUGGUGGGCGCUCCUCAUCGCCACUAACCUUCCGGAUGUCAACGAGCAGCUUGGUGAAAGGAAACACCGGCGCAUUCGAACCAUGCUGAGGGAUAAGACCAACGCGCAACUCACCUAUGACUUCUUCCUCCCCUACAUGGCAGGGCAAACCUUGGAGCAAGUGAGAGAGGCCUCCGAGAAGACCGCCGAUUCGGAGGACCCGGCGUUGGAUUGGCGCACGCCUGUCUAUGGGCGCUCCAGGAACAACUUCCAUCGUUGCCUUUUGGACGCCUUGCACUACUGCCUGCGAAGGAAUGGUCUCAGUAAAGCGCGAACCAAGCUGGUGAAGUUUUGCCUGAGGACAUCUUUGUUGCGCCUGGCUUCCAACGACGUGAAGGCGGUGUUGGAGCUCAGUGGGUCGGAUCGGACCUUGGUGAGGAUGCUGUGCAAGCAGGUGGCUUUCACUGCAGCCAAGCUUUCGAAGGUUGGCCAUUUGAAUCUCGACGGGCUGCGGCAGAUCAAGCAGACGGUCGAUGAGGUGGAAACAAAGCUCUUGCAGAAGACCUGCAGUGAGGGUACUGCCUCCAAACCACCUCUGUUGGACCUGUGUACCGGCGAAUCGUCUUCUCAUGUGGCCCUGGGCAAGGCAGCUUCACUGCAGGCCUGUGAUUCGGCCUCGGGCAUCUUCCCGCUCUUCGAACGCCUCCUGCGAGAGGAGCUCGAAGGGAAGGAAGGUACUCCUGGCUUUAUGGGUACUCCUGGUGAUUGUUUACAUACUCUUCGCUUCCGGGAGGCGUUCAUCCCCCUGCCACCAGUGAACUUCGACCUCUUGGCGGGAAAGGUCCGUAGCAUGAGUGAUGCAGUGGCAGCCCUGAAGACCACCGACUACUUGUUGGCACAAUUGGACAAUCUCAGUUCGAGCUUGCGCUUUGCGCAUUUCUUGAAGAUUGCCCUGGUGCAGCAUGUCUUCACUCGUUUGCUUCCUGUGCCCUUGGGCCCGAUCUCCCGCACACGUGGCGUGGAUCCAGUCUGGGGCACCACUGCCACGCCAGAGCAGCAGGUGGACACGGCCUUGGUGGUCAAACGCAUUGCGCAGCACUUCGCCAUGAGCUGCGGGGCCACGGCAGGCCAUCGGGGCUUCGAUGGAACGCGCGUCAUCGUCCUGGGCACCAUGGUGAUUCUGAUGGAUCGUCUCCUUCGACAACCCUUGACGACCACGACCAGCAAAGCCGUGGCCGGACGCAUGGACGACGAGCACGAGGAAGAGACGCGGUUCUUAGUGUCCUGGGAGGUCUAUGCGAAGCAGUCUGAGACCUUCUUGCUCUUCUCGCCUGACCUCAAUGUAGCUCGAGCACGGACCUUGGCCUACUUCCAGGAGGUGGAGCAGGAAGCGCGAGAGCAGGGCGCCAAGAUCAAGCACAUCUUCCAGUGGGAGCGUGAUGGUUGGGUCAUGGAAUUUCCAGACCAGGGCGCGGAGGCCUUAUGUGGCAAGAUGGCCAAGAGCCUCUACAAGAGGCAAGAUGGCCGGGGUGUCGAGCGAACGAACUUGAUCGACAGCUACGUAGACAGCUACUUCCCAGAGUUUGCUGCCUUUCGCGACGUCUGUAUGUGGUGGAAGUUCUACUUGUGCACCGACCCCAUCGUGUUCCGAUUCCAGGCGUUGGAGUUCUCGGACGGGCACCUACAGUGGUCCAUCGACAUCCACCCGCGCUUCCAGAAGCGCUGCUACAUCGUGAAGUCUUUUGGACAAGGGAACCGUGCGCAGAUGCUUUUCGGAAAACUGGAGAAGCCCGCGCUGAAGGAGCAUCGUUAUCAGUCUGAAGCGCUCCCAAGUAACCUGGCGGGGCAGAGCAUUUGGUCCGAGGACGACGUGCUCCACGUCCACACCUUACCCUCGUUUGGAGAUCGUCCCCGAUCCCAGACCCCGCGGACGUCGGGAUGUGGAGACGUGGAGUGA